AUGUAUUCAUUUAAAGGUCAUCGGUUAGUUGUAGUAGGAAUAGCACUGAUUACGUUUGAGUUGCAAAUUUUGCAGUGCCAAGCAAUUACUCCUGAUUCACGGCAUCGAGAGUCAUCGGUACGCAUCGACCAACCCCACCCUCAAACAUCAUCGAUUGUUCUACAAAACAUCGACUCCAAAGCGAAGCUGGACGGCAUCAACCGAGUGCUACACGACCGGCUACAUCAAACCCGUGCCAAUCUGCGACCCUUACAAGCACGAGCCGCUCAGCUGCAGCACCGGUUUGAUGCCUUCCAACGUACCGCUCGUCGAACACCGUCCGAUCCUGCUCGUACGCGCACCGAGCGCAACGUGCUCCUGCAAGAGGCCCAACGGCUACGGGCAACCGUCGAGCGCAAGUUGCAGGGCUUCGGUGCCCUAGAUCAGCAGUACCGGAGCAUGCGAACCUUGCUUCAACCGAAACCGAAGAAUGCAGGACUUCCCCGAGCCUGGCUCGACCGUGAUACAGAGCGUCAGAUGGAGCUAAAUGAGCGCAUCUACAAGAACAUCAUCGACCUGCUGGUGCACCUGAUCGAAUGUCCGGUUAACAUCAUACACGACGUAAUGGGACCGUCCGCAUCGCCUGGACCGACUCCACCCUCAACCUCGGAAGGUCCCACGGUCGAUGGUGCUCAGGAUUGGGACUAUGGUGCAACGGAAGGAAACCCACUUUACGACGAGCGCGAACCCAACGCGCUGAACGCAGAUGACAGUGCCGCACCGUGGUUGGAGGAGUUUCAUUACUAA